AUGCACAUCUACAACACCUAUCAUACUAAAGAACUCAAAGAGAAUAUACUUUCCGAGCAGAAAAAUAAUACUAACCAAACAACUAAUUAUGCAACAAUACUUUCUUUUUAUUUUAGCUUUAUUUUUAAACCUAACAUUAGACACACAGUUAACUUCAAUUCUAAUCCCACAAUAACCUUUCCACUUUUGCAAAGAAUGUCAUUGGAGGAAGUGCUACAGUGGUCCCAAUCUUUUGAAAAGCUGAUGACUACUAAAUAUGGGCCUGUAAUGUACAAGACCUACCUGAAGACAGAGUACAGUGAUGAGAACAUUGAAUUCUGGCUUGCAUGUGAAACUUACAAGAAGAUUGCAUCAAGGAGGAAAAGAAUUUCUGUGGCCAGGAAAAUUUUUAAAAAUUACAUUCAACCUUUGGCACCUAAAGAGAUUAACAUUGAUAGUCCUGCAAGGGAAGCUAUUAUCAGAAAUAUUCAAGAACCAACUCAGUCUUGUUUUGAUGAAGCUCAGAGAAUAGUUUACAUGCACAUGGAAAGGGAUUCUUAUCCCAGAUUUCUUGGAUCAGAAAUCUACCAGAAGCUCAAACACAGGUUUCAAAGUCACAGCAAUGACUCAUAAAUACAUUAGAGAAAGAGCUUAAGGAUUUAGCAAAAGAGACUUCCUUCUGCUUUAUUAAUAUUUUCAAAUGCUAAAUGAAGAACAGAAGAAAUCAGACACUGGAUGAUGCCUUACAAAGAAUGGCGGUAUAUUCCUAUUUAGAGCUGAAUAUAAAAUAUAUUAAAAAAUUGAAAGCCAAAAAUGUUGGCCAAAACCUUAAAAAAAUUAUUUAGAAAUUCUGUAUGGGACUCAUAGUUCUUCAUGCAGCCAUUCCUUCUUUGGGUCAGGAUUCCUUGCUAGAAUACAUUUCCCAUAAUGCAUCAUAGUCUACCCUCUUGCUGAAAUAUGCUGGUAUAUUAUGGAACACUCAUG